CUUUGGCCCACUGCUUAUGCAGCAUUUGGACCAACUCCUGGAGCUUGGCAAUUUCAACAGCAACAUUGAAGAAGAAUAUCUCCAGAUUGCCAAGUGUCUGGAGGAGAUGCGCCAGCGAUGCUGCCGGCUGGAUCAUGAUUUGCAGAAGGCAAGGCAGCAGUUACGCCAAUCGGAAUCUGAGUUUUCUGUGCUGGAGGUGAAGUUGAAACAUGCCAGGAACCAAGUAGAGGUGGAAAUGAAGAAAAGACGUUGGGCAGAAGCUGAGCUGGAAAAGCAGGAAUGCAAGUUGCAGCUUAUCUAUGACUACCUCAUGGCAGACCCACAGAUCGCCCCCCUCACUGAAGAUAAACAUGCAGACCUGGCCAUUGUGGAGAGGCUGUGUUUCAGCCGCAGUAACCUACUGCCUAGAAAACAGUGAGUGUUAGAAGGCCAAGCUUCAGUUAAAAGGCUUUGAUGUGGCAUUCUUGUGCAUGCAAUCUUACACAAGAAUUAUGGUCCUCGGAGCUCCCUGUAGCAAUCCAAACUCUGCCUUUGGAAAGAUGAUAUAAUUUGUCUCCAUAAGAAAUAUUGCACAUUAAAACCCUUGAACUAAAUGUGAAGUGUUCUGGUUUGAGAUGACUCUGGCAUACCUGGCACCCUGGAUGGGGAAAUAAAGCAAUGUUUUUUUGUCCAUCCUCUUCUGGGACUUCUCCAGUUGCAAACAACAUAAAGAAAAUUAUUGCAAUCUGCCCAAUGGAUGAUUGGCACUUUCCACUAGAUCAGAGACAUGAGGGACAAUUGAAGAACCUUAUUCCCUUCUGCCCGUUAUGCAGUACUUUUCCUUGAGAGUUUUCCAAGUCAGGAAUUCCCUUCAAAAGCAACAGCCACGGGACCAACAGAGAGGUGGGAAGAGCAUCUGGCAUUAGAUCUUCCCCUCUGAGAUUGGUGCUCCAUCUCCAACCCUGUAGAGUGGAAUCAAAGUAAUUCAGUGUUACCUGGAACGCUGCACAACUACACAGAAUUGUAUUCCAAGUAUAUUAUAAUUUUUUUCUGAGUAUUAAAAUUAAUCUUCAUAAUGCAUUAUCUCCAUAAUCUCUGGCACAACUCUGCAAAAUAAGUACCAGUGACAAAGGAGGAAAAUUCAGAGAUCAAGAGGGAAUAAAUCAACACAUGGACCUUGUAUAGCAUUUGAUAAAUUUAUAAUCAAUUGUCAUGUUUUAGCUUAAUAUAUAUUUAAAAUAUUUCCCUGGUUUUUCCAUGAUAGAGGAGAAGCGAGUAGAAAUGUACAGGUAAUUCUGCCCACUUUUUGUUAGAAACUU